UAACUGCUAUUAUAUGGUCCUCUGCUGUAUCAGAGAGCUGUCUGUGUAUGCGUGCAUCUGUUUCAAAAAUUUACAAACAAUUGGAAGCCCAUGGAGCCGCGCAAUGCUUUAGCGUCUUAAAAAUGGAUGAAUACGAAGCACAACUGAUAGUUGUGGAACAAGCGCUUGAAAAUGCCAUCGAUGACCAGCAACGUCAGGAACUUUUGGCCCUGAAAACGAAUCUACAGGAGCUAUUAGCACUCACCAAGGAUACAGGAGAUGAGCACCCAACCGAAGAAGUUCCUCAAACGGGAAACAACCUGGACGAGGAGCUGCAGCGGCUCAAGAGCGAACUUAACGACCUGGAGGAGGCUGACGCCGGCACAUCAGUUGCCAAUGAGGAACAGCAGUUGGCGGAGCUGCGGGCCAAGUACACAGCCAUGGUGGGCGAGAAGUGCUCAGCUCCGCACGAACACAGCUGGGGUGCCCUAAGCUAUCACAAUUCCCUAAUCUGUGGCGUGGACGACGAGGUGAUCAUCAACGGCGACGGUGUAUUGGAUGUCCGGUUGCGGGUGCUCUUCACAAAUCCCACGCAUCGCGAGAUGUUGCCGUGCUCUUAUUAUCUCGAGGGCGAGUGUCGCUUCGACGAGUCACGGUGUCGCUUCUCCCACGGAGAACUGGUCUGCGGCAGCUCUAUUAGAAAGUACAAGAAGCCCGACUUUCACAAAUUAUCCCGCAGUUGUCCAGUGUUGGCUCAGCUGCAGGACCGACUUUGGCACCGCGGUCGGGUUCUAUGCGUCAAUUUCGUGGAUCAGGUGUGUCGAGUGCGUUUGGAUGGCCAGGAACACAAGGAGAGGGAAAGAGACUUCAAGUUCGAAGAGCUGUUCCCACUUACAACCGGUCAAGAUGAAGAUGAGGACGAACUAAGUAGCGGAGAUAGCAGUUCUACUCUUAACGAAGAAAGCAGUGACGAAGCGGACUCGGACAUGGAUGACCUAGAGGAGGCCCGGCGAGCUCGCAUGGUCGAGCUUAGUUUGUUCACCUUUAAGCCGACCGAAAAGCUGGGAGCCUGGGAGGAGUUUACGCGGGGCAUUGGCUCCAAGCUAAUGGAGAAAAUGGGCUACAUCCAUGGCACAGGUCUGGGCUCCGAUGGAAGGGGCAUUGUGACCCCAGUGAGUGCUCAAAUACUUCCUCAGGGGCGAUCCCUAGACGCUUGCAUGGAGCUGCGUGAGGCCGCCAACGGGGAUAAGGACUUCUUCAGCGUGGAACGAAAGCUGAAGCGAGCCCAGCGCCGCCAAAGAAAAGCGGGUGAGAAGGCAUAUGCCCGGGAGUCACAACGCACGGACGUCUUCACAUUCCUUAACGGCAGCGUGCUGGCUAGCGGGGAUAGCAGUCAAAAGGGCGAACAGGUGGCCAAGAAGGCAAAGACCAACGAACUGCAGCAGCACUCCACCAAAACGCUAAAUGUGGAGACGGUGCGGGUGGCCGAUGAGAUCCGGCGAAAGCAGCGGGACAUCGCCAAGGUGCAGCAGUCGUUAAACAGAAAUUCCAGCGAUGUGCAGCUCCAGAAGAGACUGCAGCUGCAAAUGGAUACCCAAAAACAGGAGCUAGCCACUCUGCAGAACCAGGAACGCACUCUCAGCAAGGAACAGCAGACGCGCAAGAGCAAGAAUAAAAUGUUUGAGUUUUAA